UCCCACAAACCAGUUCAAGUGUCUACCCUUACCUACAGAAUUCUAACCUAACCUAAUUUUUGUAAGCAUUCAAAGAACUCAAACACAACAUGUUAGUGAUAGGAGUAUUGCUGUCGUUCCUAACGCUGACUACUGUAAACUGUCGGUCAAACUUCGCCUACAAUCAGAGUGUUCCUUACACUAACUUGCAAUCUGACCUUGACAAUUUUGAUGUCUUGGAUGUUUUCAUGUCGUAUGAUCAAACCAAUCAAUGGUUAGCAGCUCUGGAGGCGAAAUAUCCAGACAAGUGUAAGGUACAACCGAUUGCUCGAUCGUACGAAGGGCGUGACAUCAUGGCCGUCUAUGUCAACACACAACAAAGCAAGAAAAUUUUCGUAGUUGCUAACUUGAAUGCCCGCGAGUGGGCUGCCAUGACAUCGGCCAUCUACAUCAUCAACGAGCUUGUUCGUAAUUCCAAUGGCUACCCAGACGCGGCCAACUAUCAAUGGAUCGUUAUUCCGAUAGCGAAUCCAGACGGUUACGACUAUACAAAAAGCACAGAUCGCUUCUGGCGCAAGAACCGUGCCCCGCAGACGGUAGUUGAUAUCGGAACUGACCUAAACCGUAACUUUGAUUACAUGUGGGACGUCCUGAUCAAUAAGAAAGAUGAUUUUUUGCAAUCAGAAACCUACCGCGGUCCAUCUGCGUUUUCGGAAAUAGAAAGUAAGGCCAUUGGCCAGUUUCUUCAGCAAAAUGCGAAUUCAAUCGUACUGUACGUUGAUCUACAAGCUUACGGAGAGUAUUUAAUGACUCCCUGGGGUUAUACGAAAGAUCCUGCACCAAGUGCAGUGUUUCUUACAUCCAUAGCACACGCCGGCUCUCAAGCUAUAACAGAUCCUACGAGCGUACUAGGCGAGGAUCCACAUUAUUUGGUGGGUUCAGCAGCAGAGAUAAUGAAAGAGGCGCCUGGAUCUAGUAUCGACUACUGUCUAUCCGUUGGAGUAAAGGCUUGUAUUGCCAUGAAGUUGUCUAGUAGAGAAUACGAAAUAAAUACAUCGGCUAUCCCUCUAUUCGGCAAACAAGCGCUCACUGCAGUGCAAGCAAUGGCAGUCAAAGCGGACGGAUGAAAAAAGCUACAACUGAACAUGAGUGAAUUUCUCAGAUAUGACCUCCUGCUUAUACUAUCAUUUCAAUGACUAAUAAAAGAUACAUUACAAAACGUAAAUUA